AAAUCAGGGACGGCGUUAACGGCAAGUGCUCACAUAAUAACGGCCGUUAUUGGAUCUGGUGUGUUAUCCUUAGCGUGGGCCAUCGCUCAAUUGGGCUGGGUUGCGGGCCCCAUCGCCCUUGCUUCAUUUUCAAUAAUUACAUGGUUUACUUCAACCCUAUUGGCUGAUUGCUAUAGGUCAACUACUGGUACUAGAAACUAUACUUACAGAGACGUUGUAAAAUCCUAUUUAGGAGGAACAAAACAGACGCUUUGUGGGAUUGCUCAAUACACCAACCUUGUUGGUGUUACUAUAGGUUACUCUAUCACCACCUCCAUUAGCAUGGUGGCAAUCAAGAGAUCACAUUGCUUCCACAAAUAUGGGCACGAAGCCGGUUGUCACAUGUCGAAUAAUCCUUACAUUAUGGGUUUCGGAGUACUGCAAAUAAUUAUUAGCCAAAUUCCGAAUUUUCACGAGCUUUCGAUACUCUCUAUUAUCGCUGCCGUUAUGUCGUUCGCUUACUCCUCUAUCGGCAUCGGUCUCUCCAUCGGCAAAAUCGCAGAAGGAGGGCAUGUGGAGACUAGUCUCACCGGAAUACCGAUCGGGCCAAACAUGUCGAAAAUCCAGAAAAUGUGGAAUACCUAUUCUGCCCUUGGAAACAUUGCGUUCGCUUACGCUUUCUCCAAUGUACUUGUUGAGAUACAGGACACGAUAAAAUCAGGACAACCGGAGAACGUAGUAAUGAAGAAGGCUACUUUGGCUGGGAUUUCGGUUUCGACCAUGUUUUACAUGCUUUGUGGGAUUUUAGGGUACGCUGCAUUUGGCAAUAAUGCCCCUGGAAAUUUCCUAACCGGUUUCGGCUUCUACGAGCCUUUCUGGCUCGUCGAUAUAGCUAAUGUGUGCAUCGUGGUUCAUCUUAUUGGAGCUUACCAGGUAUUUUGCCAGCCAAUAUACGCGUUCGUGGAGAAAUGGAGCAACGAAAAAUGGCCGGAAAAUAAAUUCAUCACGUGGGAAUAUUCCGUAUGCGGUCUCAAACUGAGUUUCUUCAGGCUGAUCUGGCGGACACUCUACGUGAUCUUCACAACGGUCUUAGCUAUGCUAUUCCCAUUCUUCAACGACUUUGUGGGACUCUUGGGAGCCGCUUCGUUCUGGCCGUUGACCGUUUAUUUCCCGAUAGAGAUGUACAUUGCAAGAAGAAAGAUUCCAAGAUUCUCUUUCAUGUGGAUUUGGAUGCAAAUUCUUAGCGGCAUUUGUCUCGUUAUUACACUUCUUUCCGCCGCCGGUUCGAUCGAGGGGCUCAUCAGAUCACUCAAGACGUUCAAGCCUUUCCAUUCGAUGUCUUAAAAACUUUUAUGAUUUUUUUUUCCGUUUCGAAGGAAUAUUGUGUCUUGUCGGUUUUUUCGGACAAAAUAUUUAGAAGGUGUCCUAAUUAAUAAUAAUAAUUUUUUUUUUGGAGGUAGUAAAUACUAAAUACUGAUGUUUUAGCUUCCCAUUUUGUUUAUCAAAACUGA